CGUGAUGCGCAUGUUCAGUGACCAGUCUCAAAACCCGCCUAUUUUCUCUCACACUCAAAAAAAAUCCGCCGCUCCCUCCCCGCCGCUUCUAAUACCAACGUAAGGGAGGAGCAGAAAUACUCUGCGGGAGGACGCAGGAGGCACAAUAUACUAUAUCGUAUACAGUAUUCUUCCUUCCAGGCUUCUCACUGCGCCUGCGCCGGAGAGCAACCUCCCAGACCCGCCCCUCCGGAGUACGCCUGCGCGGCGCUCCGGCCCGCCGCCCAGUUGCCGCGCCUGCGCAGUCUGCCCUGAUCUCCUCGUUCUUGUCAGUCAGCGCCUGUCUGUUGAGAGGGGCGGUCGCUUAUAGCCAAGGUCCUCGUCGCUGGUUUCCUUUUUCCCCCCCGUCGAUUUUGCCGCUGCCGCCAUCGACGAAAUGGCUGAGCCCGCCACCCAGUCCCCGUAUAUUUCUUCCUCUGCUGGGGGUGGCUCCUCGGAGCCCGGAGGCCGAGACCUCAAGGGGGCAGGUUCCCCCCAGCCUUGCGCUGAUUCCUUUGUUUCUUCCUCUCAGCCUGUCUCUCUCUUUUCGACCUCACAAGCUGGAGCUCAAGCUGCUUUUUUAGCAUAUUCAGGAAACCAGAGGGAAAGAAAUGGCAAAUCCGCACCCUCAGAUGUAGGAAAAGAAUUCGUAGAUGGCCAAAGUCAGGACCACAUCUAUGGGACCAGUGAAGGUUUGGGAGCAGGGCCAGUCUCUGUAGGAUCCACUGGCCUAGAGGAGUCGUCUCUCUCUGUUGGAUCCAAAGUUCACCUCUGUGAGCCGGUGGUACAAGCUUCUUCCUUGACUCAUAAUGACUUUAAGGGAGGUGUUGCCCUAGAUGGAAAAGUUGAGCUGAGUAAAUGUGACCAACACAAAAAACCAGCUUCAAGUGGAGAGUCCAAAUUAGCUUUGCUAACCAACCCAAAAGACGAACCCGAGCACUCUCCACCCAGAGUUGCCUACUCUCAUUCCCCAACAUCCCCAGUGGUAGCUGGUGAGGCCGUUGUGGAAAAAGAUUCCCCUGAGUCUCCAUUCGAGGUCAUUGCUGACAGACUGGAAUUUGAUAAGGAAUUCAAAGAUGUCCUUGCAAGCAACUCCAAUGAUAUCGGUAGCAACUGGGUAAUGCACAGCGAAAGGGAGCUCCUCACAGACAUCCCAGAAGACAGCGUGUGUGAGUUUCAAGUGAAGCCACGGGGCGGGAGCCGAAUUCCACCGGGGCCUGGCCUCUCACGCCAGUCUUCAGGCACAACGGCAGCACUGGAAGAAGUGUCCAAAUGUGUCCGUGACUUGCACAGCUUCACGAGCGAGCUGCUCAACUGGGAUAUGAUUCCUAAGGAUCUGGAGGACAAGCCUGAUGACUUUGGCAGCUCGGGCUUCUUGCCAUCGCCUACCCGAGAUUCAAAUGGCGUCGCUGCUGGGUCGGUAGGUGGCAAGGUGGAAGCGAGCAAAGCUUCCAGCCCUCACCAGCCCCUCAAAAUCAGCAUCCACCAAAAAGACAGCCCAUCUCCAGUGGAGAAGGAUGAGAAGCAGGCCAUAGUCGGUCGUGAGGUAUCUGUUGUGAAAGUCAUUCCCACCGCUGCAGCAGAGCCGAAGGCAGAUGUCCGCUGGCCAAAUUCCAGCCUACCCGAAAUGGCUGAUGCUGACAGCUCUGGGGAGUCGGACGACACCGUCAUAGAAGAUGCUACUGUGAUUCCAGCCUCCCAAAAUGAGACUGCUGCAGAGAGCAGCAAGCCACUCCCCAAGGCACUUGACUCUGUCAAGACAGCGGUUGUACAUAUAGACGACAAAGGGAGCAAGCCACGUAAACCCAGCCCAGAAGGCGCAAUUCCACCCAAGGCCCUGGAAUGCAAUUGGGGAUCCAUUGAUGACUUUGAAGCUAUCCAGACCAAGACAAAUGUUCAUGGGGAAAGCCCAGUCGCUGCUUCUCUGCCGCCUAAACAGCCCUCUCCUGGCAUACCUCCUAAAGCGGGGCAGGAAUUGUGCACUUAUGGACAGGACCUACUUGGGAAAAGGCCCAGGAUGGACGGCCUCCCCUUGGACAAUGUAAAAGAGGCUGUGUGCCCAGACUCCCUCAAUGGGGAGAACUUUAUGGGCUUCAUGAAGGAGUGCUUGAAUUCCAAAGGGAGCGAAUCUCCGGAUGACGCUGUUGAGACCUUCUCGGAAGCAGAGCUAAAAGCAGCAAGAUCCGAGGUGGCGGAUCCCCAUUCACAGCAGCCACCAAAGGUGACUCAAGACUUUGAGCAAGAGCACCUCACCAUCAAGGCCCUCAAAGAAGUCGGCAGGAAGGCUGAGACAGAGAGGCAGCCACUUCCACCAAGCAAGGUCUCCGUUCCCGGAGGGAAGCGUCCUGGGCAGUACUGCGAGGUACCCCCAGACCCCCGAGGUCCUGUUCAGAAGUCUGCCCUGGAGAAGAGACCCCUCUGCCUUGAGCAAGCUGUGGACGUGAAGCUGGCUUCUGCCCCUGCUGCCCUCGGCGGGCACGACAUUCCCAACAAAUCUUCCCAGGCCCCUCUUCCCGAGCCUCCUAUGCCACAUGCUAUUGCAAAAUUACUGGCUGAAUUUUCAGUGCGCGAUCUGGUCUUCUGGCGGGAUGUGAAGAAGACGGGCCUUGUCUUCAGCACCACGCUGAUCUUGCUGCUCUCCCUGGCUGCUUUCAGCGUCAUCAGCGUCAUCUCGUACCUCAUCCUGGCACUCCUCUCCGUCACCAUCAGCUUCCGGGUCUACAAGUCUGUCAUUCAGGCUGUGCAGAAGUCUGAAGAGGGGCAUCCAUUCAAAGCCUACCUGGAUGUCGACGUUACGCUCUCCUCUGAGGCUUUCCACAACUACGUCAGUGCUGCUAUGGGACACAUCAACCAUGCCCUGAAACUCAUCAUGCGCCUCUUCCUGGUAGAAGACUUGGUGGAUUCGCUGAAGCUGGCAGUUGUCAUGUGGCUGAUGACGUACGUUGGUGCCAUCUUCAACGGGAUCACCCUCCUUAUCCUUGCGGAGUUGCUGGUUUUCAGCGUCCCUGUCGUUUAUGAGAAAUACAAGACUCAGAUUGACCAUUACGUUGGGAUUGCCCGGGAGCAGAUCAAGUCAGUUGUAACAAAGAUUCAAGCAAAGCUUCCUGGAGUUGUGAAGAAAAAGGCAGAAUAACCUUGCAAGGAGCCAGGACUCAGCUGUUAACUAAAAUGAAACAAAAAAUA